AGCGCUCGUUCGAGUCUCUCACUGCAGCUUCUACUCCAGCUACCAAUAUUUCAAUCGGAUCCUACCACAACUGCUACUCUACUCCUUUUGUUGCAUUCUUCUGCGCACAUUUUUAAAAGUUUGAAAGUUUGAAAGGGAACUACCGCGAAGGACUCAGUGUUGGGAGAAUCUAAAUCAGUGAAAGUUGGAGAUGACUUCUGGCGUGGAGUUGGGGCAGGACAUAAGCCAAGCAGAAUUAGACUUUUCGGACCUGUUUCUCUACAGCACACCAGGAGAUUUCCCUGUUGGCGGUGUUAAAGAUGACCCAGGUGCUCUGCUUCAGAAUAACAGCCAGCCUCCCGUACUGUUGGUCGAUCAUCACGCCACAAACAUCUCCGAUUUGGUCAAUUCAGCGUCCAAUCAGAACACCUUCCCUCAAAGCCACAACUCUGACAAUCUACCAGGGGCUGUGUUUGAGUGCCUGGGGCUAACGUCAGGAGCCAGUAACAUCCCUGCCCCCAGCCCCAGGAUUGAGAUCACUCCAUCAGUUGAUUCGCUCAACUCUCAUACCCUGGAGCCAAGCCCUGGCUCUAAAGCUUUGGGGGCCUACAGGGAAUGUGUUAGCCCGGCUAGUAGUAACUCCUCCUCAGGUUGGCCUGCGGACAGCUGUUCUCCCUUGAACUCACCAAGUGUCUCCCCUCCUAAUGGAGGCAACUAUGGCAUCUCUUGCUCUGCCUUGGACCUGUGUCCAGGCUUUCAGAGCAUCCAUACUUCCUCUGCACACUCCUCUCCCGGAGCAUCUCCUCGGAACAGCAUCACAGAUGAGACCUUCCUGCAGCCACAUCACCAGCGCAACCCCUCCCCACUUCCCCACCAGCGUUCCCGAUCCACAUCACCACAAGGAAAGCGUUGUCUUGACCAGACCCACCCCUGCCAGGGGGGUACACCUGUCAAGCAGCGCUCUCGGAGUCCCAGUCCCAUCCCAUCGCCCCAUGAGCAGCAGAGGCCGUACUACAUUCACCAAUAUCAGGCCCAAGCAGAUUUUCAGCCCCAUGUUCCGGCAGCACCACAGGGUCUGGAGGAGAUGCUGAACACUCUCAGUUCAGACUUGACCAGAGAUGCACAGCACCCAAGGCAGGACUGUGCAAAUGAAGACAGGCCUAAUUGGGCCAUUGAACAAGAGUGGAUAACCAGAUUUGGAGCUGACGUCAAACCUGAGCCUUUCUACAUUCUCCCUGUCUGGCCGCCCCCUCAGCCAGUACAUCAAGCUACAGGGUCCCCAUUCAGUGGUCUCUCUGUAGCACCCCUUCCCUCCUUAGAGUGGGCAUUGCCCUCUCAGUCUGGCCAAUACGAGCUACUGAUCCAGCAGCAGCCCCGUUCACACCACAGAGCUCAUUAUGAGACUGAGGGCAGCCGGGGAGCUGUCAAGACACCCAAUGGAGGCCAUCCUGAGGUUCAGCUUGUUGGAUACCAAGGCACAGCUCCAGUUGGGCUGCAGGUCUUUAUUGGCACCGCAGAUGAGAGGCUGUUGAAACCCCAUGCCUUCUACCAAGUUCACCGCAUCACUGGGAAAACCGUCACCACACCCAGCUUGGAAAGGGUGAUCAAUGGGACGAAGGUUUUGGAGAUCCCUUUGGAGCCAAAGAACCACAUGAGAGUGGUGAUUGACUGUGUUGGAAUUUUGAAGUUAAGAAAUGCAGACAUUGAACUGCGAAACGGCGAGACAGACAUUGGGCGGAAGAACACGCGUGUUCGUUUGGUUUUUCGAGUCCACAUCCCUGAACCUGGAGGCCACCUAGUUUCUCUUCAAGUCGCUUCUAAUCCAGUCGAAUGCUCUCAACGCUCGGCUCAAGAGUUCCCAGCAGUUGAGAGGCAGGACCUGGACCGCUGCUCUGUUCUUGGUGGUCAGCAAAUGGUCCUGACUGGACAGAAUUUCACAUCCGACUCCAAAGUGAUAUUUUCUGAGAAGGCGCAAGAUGGAAAACAACUCUGGGAAGUGGAGGCAACUGUAGACAGAGACAAAACCCAAGCUAAUAUGCUGUUUGUUGAGGUUCCUCCCUAUCGAAAACGAAACAUUUGCCAGCCGGCUAAAGUCAACUUCUAUGUCAUCAACGGAAAGAAGAAGCGCAGCCAGCCUCAACAUUUCAUCUAUACUCCUGUGAUCGCAAUUAAAGCAGAGCCUCUGGAUGACUACCAUCUGGAUGCUUACAACCGCUCAGAUAAUCAUCAGCAAUCUUCAAUGAAGUCCUAUUACCACCACUUGGAGCAAGACAGUCAUCCUCCGACCUUGAAUGUUUCAUCAACACUCUACCAUCUAUCCACCGUAGACCCCAGAGGCCACAUGAUACCACCAGAUUCUCUUGAUGAGUCAGCUUAUUACCAGUCCAGAUCUGGUAAUCAGGUGCAUCACAACUCAGUGAUGUACCACACCGCAAACCAGUUCUACAGCAACUGCAGCACCAGCUUGAUGCCCCAUCCUGUCCCGGCUCCCAGUCAGUGUGUCAGUGUCCGCAGCCCCAUGCCCAAACUGGCCGACGGUCCACAGGUUGGGGAUUCAUUCGAAGCCUGUUUGGUGUCAAGGCAUCAGGGUUUUGUGACGCCUCUAGGAAAGUCGCCACCUUCAAGAUAUGUUCAAGUGAAGGCAGCAACCCCGAUUCCACCAAUCGGCCAAUCUCUCACUCAGAUCGGAUCUGCUAAAGGAAACUAUGACAACAAGGCUUCAGAGAAGAUAACCAUUAAGCAAGAGAAUCUUAGCUAUGCCUACCUAGAGGAUGUAAAUGACAUCAUAAGAAGAGACAUGAAAGGCCACAGUGGAAACUGAUCCUGCGCCACUUUAGAGUAUCUGAAGACCAGUAAUUAUACACAAGAUAUAAAAUAUAAAGCAGAGCGUAACCUGCAAACACCGGACGCUUGAUGCUAUCCUUUUCAGAAAUAUAUUAAAAGCUGAUACAAUAUUGUUUUUUUUUUGUUGUUCGUUGUUGUUUUUUAACAUAGUAUGACAUUACUGUUGUAUUCACCAAGAGUAGCAGUUUAGCUGUUUAAAUGCCUAAUAGUCGACCAUUUAUAAAGAUAUAAUCUGUAUCUA